CCCAGUCACUGCUUUACUCAAAUGCUGAUGAUAUUUAAUUGAAGUCCUUGCUUGGGCGUGUCGAAAUGGCAUCUUCUGAGGCUGGCGCCCCACAGCUGCUGAAUGAGCAGCCGACAUCCUCUAGUUCUAAACGACCACGAGCAUACAGUGAAAACAGCACAGAUGCGCUGCAACAUGAAGACUACACUAUUGGGUGGAUAUCUGCGCUCCCACUCGAGAUGACUGCUGCGGAGAUCAUGCUGGAUCAUAUUCAUCAGCCGCUGCCUCAGCACCCUCAGGAUGGCAACACAUAUACCCUCGGCAGCAUCAAUGAACACAAUGUAGUCAUUGCGUGCCUCCCAAAAGGUCAAUAUGGCACCAAUAACGCUGCGACUGUCGCCAAUGACAUGAACCGGAGCUUUCCCAAUAUUCAGCAUCGGUUGAUGGUCGGUAUUGGCGGCGGAGCUCCCAAACUAGCAGAUGUCCGCCUCGGCGACAUUGUCGUCAGCAAUGAGGUGGUCCAAUCCGAUCUAGGAAAGUUGAUGCCCAACGAUCAGUUUCAACGCACGUCGCAUCCCGUUCGGCCUCCUCACUCAUUGAUGACUGCUGUAUCUAAGUUACAAGCAUGUCACAAUCGAGGCCAGAAUCAAAUGCCUGCCAUUCUCUCUGAGAGUAUCUCUCAACUUACUCAAUACGCUCGGCCCAGCAUGCUAGAUCGACUCUUCAAGCAUGACUACGACCACCCCCUCUGGUCUGAAGACUGUAGCUUCUGUGACCAGUCUCAGCUUGUUACUCGGCCUGCUAGGCAGAGGACUGAUCCAUUCAUCCACUACGGCCGAAUUGCCUCCGGGAAUCAAGUCAUUAAAGAUGGAAGAUCCCGCGAUACUCUGUCUGAAGAGCUCGGUGCUAUAUGCUUUGAGAUGGAAGCAGCUGGUCUCAUUAUUAGCUCUCCUUGCCUAGUUGUCCGAGGUAUCUGUGACUACUCGGAUUCACACAAGAACAAGAAGUGGCAAGAAUAUGCUGCUCUUGUGGCUGCAGCCUACGCCAAAGAGCUAGUGACGGUGGUACCAUCUCAGAAUUUGCAGUCUUGGAAACGAAGAAAAGCCCAGGUACUGCAUGCUCCAGAGCCAACUGACCCCAGAGCUGACGAGUGCCGUGAAGCACUGUUUGUCACAGACCCUUCGGUGGAUCGCGAGCUCAUUCUCGAUACGAAGGGUGAUAUCUGUGAGGGAACCUGUGAGUGGAUCCUAUCCACAGAUGAAUUCCAGACUUGGGAUCAGACUCCGCCUCAUCUGCUAUGGAUCUCCGCACCACCUGGUAUGGGCAAGACGUUCAUGUCUAUCUACCUUUCUAAACGGUUCAAGGCUACAACAAAAGGGUCAGAAACUGCGACCAUCUACUUCUUCUGCGACAAUAACGUUGAAACAAGAAAUACGGCAGUGAACAUUCUCAGAAGUCUCAUAUAUCAACUCAUCUCUCACCAACCAAGACUCAUCAACGUAAUUAUACCGCAGUGGAAACAGCAAUCUCACCGGUUGUUCCAGGAUAUUUCGUUCAGUACUCUAUGGAAGAUAUUUGAAGAAAUGAUUGGGAAGUCGGACUUCAACACCAUAUACUGCAUUAUCGAUGCGCUUGAUGAAUGCGAAACAAACUCCCUGUCUCUUCUGCUCCGAAAGUUCGAGAGGCUGAGUCAAGGGCAUUUGGGCUCGUCUCCUAAAAUGAAGCUCGUAUGUCUCAGCAGGAGGUAUCCAGACAACAUACCCGAAGCCCUUUUGCUCUUUGCAAAGAUGGAAUUGGAUACGAUGAUUGCCAGAGAAGAGGACAUCAGUCGAUUCAUCUCGUCUCAAGUCCAGGAACUUGCUCAGAAGAAGAAGCUCAAUCGUGAGAUGCGCUCUCGUUUGGAAGAGACUUUCAAGCAGAAAUCUGAAGGGACCUUCCUUUGGGUUAGCUUCAUGGCUCAAGACUUGCAGAAACAGAGAUUACUUGAUUUUGAGGCGUCUCUCGAGAUGCUGCCAGCUGGUCUGGACGCAGUUUACGACAGAAUUUUACAGAACAUUGAUCUCGAAAAACGGGAAAUAAUACAACGCAUUCUCUAUUGGACCAUCGUCGCCACACGCCCAUUUGAUAUAUCUGAGUUGUGUGAGGCAGCUGAUAUAAAGCCUAUAGGGCUCUUGACGCGCGAAGAGGUCUGCAUUGAGCUAAUCAGGUCGUGUGGCCAUUUGCUUCAGAUAACAUAUGGACGCAGUCUAUUCCAUGCGAAACCGACAGUGAAAUUUCUUCACCAAAGUGCAAAGGAUUACCUGAUAAAGUUUGAGCGCAGGCUCGGUCUACCAACCGCAGGACUCGAACCCUCCCAGCUCCACGAACACGCUACUAUCACUUUGAUCCGGUAUCUCGAAAAGAUUGACUGCCACCUCAGCCUCGAAAGCCCGGAAUAUUUGAAUCUAGGGGAUGACUUUCCAUUGAUCUAUUAUGCUGUCGAUAGUUGGUCUCGCCAUUUCAAGGAAUUGAAAGAUAUAACUCAAGUCAUACAGCAAGGUGCGAGCUUCUUCGAAGAAGAUUCAGAAGUAAGACUCUGUUGGCAAAGACUGUACCGUUCUCUUACGGUGGAUGUUGGAGAAGCCCGAGAUUCCUCACCUAUACCAUUGCUUCAUUUAUCAGCCCUUUUGGCUCUGAAUAGCUUAACUGAGUUGUGCCUAAGAUGUGAUGGAGAACUCGACAUCGAGAGCGAAUGGUCAGAACACACUGCACUAGUGUUCGCUUGUAAAGCGCGAGAGGGAUACAUCGCAACGUUGCUUCUCGAUGCAGGCGCUGAUGCCGUCGCCCGCUGCUCUUUUGGCAUCAAUGCUCUUGAAACUGCUGUAAUUCAUUGCGAUAGAGACUUUCUACAGCUCAUGGCACGAAGAAAGUCUUUCAGGCAGUGGUUGAUCGAGCAGGCGUCGAGCGAUGACGGCGGUUUGUUGAAUGGCGCUGCCUCAAAUGGAAACGAGGACGGAUGCCGGUUUUUGGUUGAGGAUCUUGGAUGGGAUCUCAACUGGGAAAACGGAAGAGCUGCUUACUCAGCACUCUGUUGUGCCAUAGAAAGUGGCAACUACAAACUGAUCAGCUGUUUCAUGGAAGAGUGGGGCGUUCCUGCUGAGAAUCACUGGCACAUACUGGACAAGGCCUGCUCCUCUUAUGCAUCUGACAACGAUUUCGAACAGAUUAUACGACUCCUAGUGGAUGAUUACUCCGUUGACAUCAAUGCCACAGACUGGGAAGGUCGUAAUGCCUUAUAUACCACGUUUGGACACAACUUCAGGGAAUUCUCGGCUCUUUUCAGGACAAGAAUAUUAUUACAAUUCGGCUGCAGCCCCGACCAGCCCGACCGCCUCGGCCGAAGACCCCUGCAUUACCUUGCAAUGGAAGCCUCUCGUAUUCCUUUGCUACAAUUCUUGGACAUUAUGGAAUUUCUAGUCCACAGGAGCCAGCAUGGUGUUAAUCAACAGUGUUUAAAGGGCCAGACAGUACUUCAUUACCUCAUAGAGGACUUCUUGCCUUCGAAUGACCUGCUUUGGUACUUAUGGCCCAUGGAACAUACAGUAAAAGGUAUUCUGGACUUGGGUCUUGACCGGAAUAUCCAAAAUAGUCAAGGACUUACAGGCCUGAAAAUGUUGUGGUCAGCUCUUGAACGAUGCGAAGAGAGAAUAGGAGCCCAGGUCAGAAACUGGAGGAAUUAUUUGACUAAGACCAUAAACAUACUUGAAAGUUAUCAUACCGUUCCUAGACACUAUGAUAGCAACUGGGUAUAGAGGAUAUAUGGCGUUUAUGCAAAACAUUCACUGGCGCAAGAUCAUCAAAUUUUGAUUCUAGGAGCGCGACGUUCUGUGGCAUUCAACCCAUCCUUUAUACUUACGAAUUAAAGACUAUACACCAA